UUUUAAGAGUUUGAUAAAAUGUGGAAGAAAGUGUUUUGAGUCACCAAACGUAAAAAGUGAUGAUGAUGAAUUAAUAUCUCCAUUGGAGUUAGAUUGCAUAACUUGUUCGGCUUUAUAUCUACAAUGUUUCAAAUAUUCUGGAUCUUGUAUAGACUAUUUAUUGAUGAAAAUAGCACCAAACAUGACAACUACUCCAGGAUUGUUUCCUGAAGGUACCAUUAUCUAGGUACUGGGUAUGACAUAAUUUGCAAUUUCUUCAAAGGUUACAUCAAUAUGUUCACUUUAGCAUUUUCAAUCACUUCAAUUAUCUGAGGAGGGACUGCAUCUAUCUGAGGAAUUUAUGCUUGGGUAUGGGACUUUCCCUUUCAUGACACAGAAAGGUACUUUUACAUAAAUUUCAUCUUCUCAAUAUUUUAUAUGAUCCAAUUUGUAAUCAUUCAGAUUGUUUUGAGUGAUAGCCUCGUGAUAUCAAUAUUUGUUUCACUCGGGAGUGCCUAUGUAGUACUCUGUGUAAAUAACUUGUUAUGGUGAUUCUUGAGUGAGGUUGAGCAAAAAUAUCGAAGACACAGAGAAACUCAAGCAAGAUAUAUAAUCCUCAAUGAGGAAGAGUAAGGGUUGCGUAAUGUCAGGGAG